CAGAGAUUCGGACUUCGACCCAGAAGAUAAACCAUCAUGGAGUCCAAGCUGAACAUGAAGCUCUUCUACAUGAUCCUGGCGCUGCUUGCCGUCCCAGAAUGCUUCGGGCUUCCGUCAGUGUUCCUCAGUAAGUCCGAGGCCAGCCGGGCGCUCCGGCAGCGUGUCCGACGGGAGAACUCGUUCCUGGAGGAGCUGAAGCUGGGAGAUCUAGAGCGGGAGUGUCUGGAGGAGGUGUGCUCGCAUGAGGAGGCCCGAGAGAUCUUCAGCGUCCCAGAACAACUGGAGGAUUUCUGGAAGAGAUACACAGAGGUGGACUUCUGUCAGUCGGCACCGUGUCAGAACGGGGCCACAUGUGUGGAUCAGAAGAACACAUACGUCUGCAUCUGCCCGAUGAACUUUGAGGGGCGACACUGUGACAAAGUCCGUCCCACAGAAAUAUUCCCAGCGAGUUCCUACGGAUGUUUGUACAGGAACGGCGGCUGCGAUCACUUCUGUGUGGAGAUCACUGACUCGACCCAUCGCUGCGACUGUGCUCCUGGAUACACACUGCACACGGACAACAGCAGCUGCAUGCCACAGGAUGGUUUCCCAUGUGGCCGUCUGGUGGAGAAGGGUGUGGGUCCCAGGAUUGUGAAGGGGGACGUGUGUCCGAAGGGACAGUGUCCGUGGCAGGCUUCACUAAAGCUUUCUGGAUUGUUUAAAUGCGGUGGAGUUAUUCUAGAUCCCCAGUGGAUUCUCACGGCAGCUCAUUGUGUCUGGAAUAGGGAUCCAACCAUCCUAGAAGUGACAGUCGGCGAACACAUCCUCGAUAAAGACGAAGGAACCGAACAGACGAGGAAAGUGUCUAAAGUGUUGGUGCACCCGUGGUAUAACCACUCCAGCGCUGACAGCGACAUCGCUCUGCUACGUCUCGCCAGCCCCGUCACACUCGACCGCUACGCCGUGCCGGUCUGCCUUCCUCCCGCUAACGGCACGUUCGUCCGCACGCUAGCGUCGGUGCGCAUGUCGACGGUGAGCGGCUGGGGUCGCCUGACCCAGUCGGGCCCGGUGUCGGUGGUUCUGCAGCGGCUCCAGGUGCCCAGGGUCUCGCUGGACGAGUGUCGGGCUCGGUCCGGCCUGAAGGUGAGCAGGAACAUGCUGUGCGCCGGGUUCCUCGAGGGCGGCCGGGACUCGUGUCAGGGCGACAGCGGCGGCCCGCUAGUCACACGCUACCGGAACACAUGGUUUCUGACCGGGAUCGUGAGCUGGGGGAAAGGCUGCGCCAGCGCCGGCGUGUACGGCAUCUACACGCGCGUGUCCAUCUUCGUGGAGUGGAUUGCGAAGACUGUGGCCAUCGCAUGAAUACACAAGAGUUUCUGAAUGUUAUUCUUCCCUCGCACUUCUUUUUUUAUUUUAUUUACCUUUAAAUUACUUGAUUUGAUCAAUAAAUAAUAAAUAAAUAGUAAUUUGAGCACAUUCCUCACAUUCUUUCAACUUAAAUUCAGAAUAACUCACAAUUUCAUGCAUAAUCCUUUUAAUUCAACUCAAAAUAUCUUACAUUGUGUGUCUUUGCCAACCUCUUGUGAAAAAAAAAUAUAUAA